UGUCACAUCUCUGCACAGUAUAGCUUCUCUUUUGCUUUAGUUUUUAGGCUUGCAGCUGUUACCACUUCGAGUCACCUCUUUUCUCUCUCUACUGGAAUUUUCUAGAGCUCCGCAUAAGCACGCAGUAGCCAUGUUGGUGUGUUUCAUGGACUCUUGUGGCUUAUGCAGAGCCUACGCAACUUCGUACCUCUUACUGACACUUCUUUCACUCUUCCUUUUUCACUCUACUGCCUGUUCUAACGGCAAUUGUCAGGUUCUUGAUUCAUGUGCUACUCCUACAGACUGUGGACCAGGUCUCUACUGCGGUAACUGCCCUGCUUUGGGAAAGAGACAACCCAUUUGCACCAGAGGCCAAGCUAACAUACCAACCGCUAUUAUUGGAGGGUUGCCUUUCAACAAGUAUACAUGGUUGGUGACUCACAAUUCAUUUAGUAUCGUUGAUGCACCGGCUUUGCCUGGUGUUCAAAGACUCACAUUUUUUAAUCAAGAAGACACUGUUACUAAUCAGUUGAGGAAUGGAGUAAGGGGAUUGAUGCUGGAUAUGUACGAUUUCAAUAAUGAUAUCUGGCUCUGCCAUUCAUUUCGUGGGCAAUGUUUCAACUUCACUGCGUUUCAACCUGCAAUCAACACUUUAAAAGAAGUGGAAUCAUUCUUGAGUCAGAAUCCAACUGAGAUUGUGACUAUUAUAAUAGAGGACUAUGUGCAUACUCCAAAAGGGUUAAUUAAUUUGUUUACUAGUGCUGGUUUGGACAAGUAUUGGUUUCCUGUGACCAAGAUGCCCAAGAAAGGUGAAGACUGGCCAACUGUAACAGAAAUGGUGCAGUCGAACUACCGGCUUCUUGUUUUCACUUCUAUUGCUUCAAAGGAAUCAGAGGAAGGGAUAGCUUAUCAGUGGAGAUACAUGGUGGAAAAUGAAGCUGGAGACCCUGGGGUGAAACAAGGCUCUUGUCCAAAUAGAAAAGAAUCACAGCCGCUAAAUUCAAAAAAGGCGUCCCUUUUCCUUCAGAAUUAUUUCCCUACAUAUCCAGUUGAAGAUGAUGCUUGCAAAGAGCAUUCAACUCCACUAGCUGAGAUGGCUGGUACUUGUUAUAAAGCAGCUGGGAAUGUGAUGCCUAACUUUUUGGCAGUCAAUUUUUACAUGAGGAGUGAUGGAGGUGGUGUCUUUGAUAUUUUGGAUAAAAUGAAUGGCCAGACAUUGUGUGGGUGCAAUACUGUCCAAGCCUGCCAGGCUGGAGCACCUUUUGGAUCUUGCAAGAAUGUUGCCGUACCGAGGAGUCCACCAACAAAUAAUAUGGGAAGCUUUACUGGAUCUGUUCAGUUCUCAAGUUCUGCUUCAAUAGUCCAUUGCCCAAAUUGUUUGCUUUUCAAAUUAUUUUAUCUUUCAUUGAUGGUGUUUCUAUUAUUACUGCGAUGAGUAAUAUAUUGGGGGAGAACAUUAGUCGCCUACCAUAGGAGGCACUAUGAUACAUAGUAGAUUUUGGAAUGAGAAUUGGUGGAACAAAUCACUGCCUUUUACAAAACAUUGGCUAAUAGAGUUGAGUUAUUUUAGAAUAUUAGAUGAAGAACUGAAGCAAGAAGCAGGAACUGAUGUAGAUAGUGGUGAGGAGAGAGCCAGAGUGUUUAAAAAUUUGGUUGAGGUUUUAGUUCAGGAGCCUUGAGUAUUGAAAUGUCUUAGAUAUUGACAUUUAAUCAUAUGUCUUCUUCACUGAUACCACUAAUCCAUAUUGUUUUCAUUCCAAAGUUUGCCAUUAUGUCUGGUAAUGUGUUUUCUGCUA